AUUUGGGGUAGGCCGUUUCUAAACGACCCUCUAAGAUUCUCCUUUUUCUUCCCCUUUAUAUCAGUAUCUGUCCAUACAUCCAUCCACUCACCUUUAAUUUUGUUAUACCUGUUUUUGAAUCCCAAAAUCCCUAAUUUUUCCAAAAUUUUCGCCAUUAAAUUAUAAAAAUGGAUCAAAAAUGGUGGAUAAAUUUCUUAAAAGGAAUGCUUAAACCUGUUGCAGCCUUAACGGUAGUUUUCUUAGCGGUUGCAUUGUCUCGUUUUAAAAAACUAGAAAUCGAAGGAGAAAUGAUUUACUCCAUUUUUAGGGCUUUUCUUCAGCUUUCUAUAAUCGGAUUUGUUCUUCAGUUCAUAUUUAAUCAGGGCAACAUAUCUUGGAUCAUCCUUGCUUAUCUUUUUAUGGUAAGUGUAGCUGGGUACACAGCUGGGCAACGAGCAAAACAUGUACCAAGAGGAAUGUACGUGGCAGGUGCAUCCAUUUUAGUAGGCACAGCAGUGACAAUGCUACUACUUGUUGUUCUUAAUGUCUUCCCUUUUACUCCAAGAUACAUCAUCCCUGUUGCUGGUAUGAUGGUUGGCAAUGCUAUGACUACUACUGGUGUUACCAUGAAAAGGCUUCGAGACGACAUCAAGCUUCAAAUCAACUUGGUUGAGACAGCAUUAGCUCUAGGAGCAACACCAAGUCAAGCAACAGUCCAACAAGUGAAAAGGGCACUAGUAAUAGCUCUAUCUCCAGUUAUGGACAAUGCCAAAACAGUUGGGUUAAUAUCCCUUCCAGGAGCAAUGACUGGCAUGAUUAUGGGGGGUGCUUCUCCUUUAGAGGCUAUCCAACUACAAAUAAUUGUUAUGAAUAUGUUAUUGGGAGCUUCCACUUUGAGCUGCAUAAUAUCAACAUACCUAUCUUGGCCUUAUUUUUUUACCAAGACCUACCAAUUGGAAUCUAAGGUCUUUUCUUCUGAUUAAAGUUUGGUAUAUUCAACUCAAUAAAAAUAAGUCGUCUCAUAUUGUAUAUUGUAUAGGGAACCUUACAAAGAAGGUCUUAUGUCAUGUGGAUUCACUAAUUUCUAAUGAUACAGUAGUAUGUUCUAAUGUUAAUAUAUAUUUUUCACUUAGUGAGUGUUUGGCUA